CAUUGCGUUUGUGUGUGGAGCUCCGAGUCAGAGGGACAGGCGGCGUCUUACCUGCUCAAACGAGUCCGGGAUCGUAAAGUCAACGAGCGGGGACAGAGAUAGCAAACCGUCGCUUCUGACAAAAAGGAAGAAAACGACCUUCGAAGUGAGUUUAAGUAAGUGUGCUAAUUUGUUAAGUGAACUCCGGUGUCACAUGUAAUGUUAAUAUGACAUGGUACCACCGGACAUGUUGAGGAAAUGAUACAAGAGCGUCUACGCCGCCAGAAGUGACUUCCAGGUGGACAACAAUGGCUUGAUUCCUUCGGUGCGACACUACUGUCAGAGGCGCUCAUGUUUCUGUGGAAGCAACAGAAAGUUUGCUGCGCUUCACUGGGAAAUCUACCCGCGUUGUGACUCUUUUCAACACACUUCAGCGGCGCAGUCCGCCUGCUUGUGUACCGCUGUCCAACAUGUCCAACCCCGCGUUGAGGAAGAACCACUGGACCUCCCGUGUGAAUGAGUGCUCCGUGUCCAAAGAUGCCCGCGGGGACUUGAACGUACCACUGCGCGGCGGUGCUGAGAAUGGAGAGUUCGCUUUUAUCGGACAACCUAAGCAGAAUCAAGUGCUUUACAACAGUGGACAAUUAUCUGAUGGGGAGCUUCUUCUGGAGGUGGAGAACCUUCCCAUUUCAGGAUUACCUCUAUACGACGUGCAGACGCUCAUAAAGAGCUGCAAAGGUCCCGUCAGGUUAAAAACCGUCAGGCAAGGAAGUAAGCUGAACAAGGACCUGAAGCACUAUCUUAGCCAGCGAUUCCAGAAAUCUUCGCCUGACCACGAACUGCAGCAGAUCAUUCGAGACAACCUCUACCGUCACGCCGUGCCUUGUACAACCCGACCCCCUCGUGAAGGAGAAGUCCCUGGUGUGGAUUACAACUUCCUCUCAGUUGAGGAGUUCCUGGAGUUGGAGAAGAGUGGAACCCUGUUGGAAAUAGGAACAUAUGAAGGAAACUAUUAUGGGACACCCAAGCCGCCGGUGCAGCCCCCCGGUGGGAAAGUGAUUAGCAAUAGCAGCAGCGGCGGUGAUGCCCCACGGCCAGACGGGCUCAGUGGUAGCCUGCCGGGCUCGCAAGACUCCACGCCCCGACGCAGCAAGUCCUACAAUGACAUGUACAAUGCUGGAAUAGUGCCUGGAGAACUGCAGCAGGAGGACGACGAGGACCUCCCUGAUAUGAACAGUAACUAUACAGCAGGAGAAUCAAGCGAACUAGACGAGAUUCAUCGCUCGGUGAGACCCUUCGGCACCCGCCAGAGUGACCCACCCUACCUUGGGACGACCCCCUCACCACCGGCCACCACGGAGAGCACUCAGCAGACUCACCCUCACCUGAGCCAUCCUCCCGCAGAGGACCCGCUGGGACCUCUACCUGACAACUGGGAGAUGGCCUACACCGAGAAUGGAGAGGUCUAUUUUAUAGACCACAAUACAAAGACCACCUCUUGGAUAGACCCUCGGUGCCUGGACAAACCUCAGAAACCCCUGGAAGAAUGUGAAGAUGAUGAAGGGGUUCAUACAGAGGAGAUGGACAAUGAUCUGGAACUUCCACCAGGAUGGGAGAAAAUCGAUGAUCCGGUGUAUGGGGUCUACUAUGUUGAUCAUAUCAACAGGAAGACCCAGUAUGAGAAUCCAGUGCUGGAGGCUAAGAGGCGCAGGCAACUGGAACAGCAACAGCCUCAACCCCAAAGCCAGCAGCCACCUGAAGGUGAGCGCUACAUCCGAGAAUGGAUCGAAGACUCAACAUUUGCAGGGGCCCCUCUAGCUAGUUAUGCUGCCAACCACCAGGAGACCUACAGAGAUCCUCAGACUGGACCCACAGUGCCCAUGGGACAAAAACGAGGAAAGCCUUUUUUUACUCGGAACCGAUCCGAACUAAAGGGGACUUUCAUCAAUACCAAGCUGAAAAAGAGUCGCCGGGGUUUUGGUUUCACUGUAGUGGGAGGCGACGAGCCGGAUGAAUUCCUGCAAAUCAAGAGUCUGGUCCUUGAUGGACCCGCUGCCCUCGACGGCAAAAUGGAGACAGGUGACGUGAUAGUCAGUGUCAACGACACUUGUGUGCUCGGCUACACGCAUGCACAAGUGGUGAAGAUCUUCCAAUCCAUCCCUAUUGGCUCUAUGGUCAACCUGGAGCUGUGCCGGGGUUACCCACUGCCUUUUGACCCAGAUGACCCCAACACAAGCCUGGUUACGUCUGUGGCCAUUCUUGACAACAAAGAACCCAUUAUCGUCAAUGGCCAGGAGAACUCCAACAACAUCUAUGACUUGCCACCCGUUCACAGCAGCCAGAACAACAACAACGGCUCAACCAACGGGGGGGCGGCCCCUCUCAACGGCCUCCCUCGACCUCACAGCCCAUCCGUAGAGGUGGCGUCCGACACCUCCUCUCAACACGGCUACUCCAGCGAUGUGGUCAAUCUGGCCUCGUCUAUUGCAACACAGCCGGAGCUCAUAACUGUACACAUGGAGAAAGGAGACAAAGGUUUCGGCUUCACCAUCGCUGACAGCCUCGGAGGCGGAGGGCAGAGAGUGAAGCAGAUUGUGGACUACCCACGCUGCCGAGGCCUGAGAGAGGGUGACAUCAUCGUGGAAGUGAACAAGAGGAACGUGCAGAGUAUGUCUCAUAACCAGGUGGUUGACCUGCUAAGCAAGUGUCCGAAAGGCAGUGAGGUCACCAUGCUGGUGCAGAGAGGGGUGGCACCUGCAAAGAAGAGCCCAAAACUGGAUGAUUUUGAGAUGGCUCCUCCGUACAGAGAUUACUCUAGGAGGCAAUUAUCCAGGAAGGACAGUCAGAACAGCUCCCAGCACAGCGUUUCCAGCCACCGGAGUGCCCACACGGACUCACCCUUGCACCCGUCCCUGGCACCCCCCCUUAGCGAGAGCUCUGCUCCCCCGCCGCCUUCUCAGCCCCUGCCCGGCCUCCCACCCCAAGACUCGGCGGCCGACGGGACCAUCCAGCGAAAACCAGAUCCCUUUAAGAUCUGGGCCCAGUCCAGGAGCAUGUAUGAAAGUAGGCUUCCAGACUUCCAGGAGCAGGAUAUUUUCCUCUGGAGGAAGGAUACAGGGUUUGGCUUCAGAAUUCUUGGAGGAAACGAGGAAGGAGAGCCGAUCUACAUUGGUCAUAUUGUCAAGUACGGCGCCGCAGACGAAGAUGGCCGACUGAGGUCUGGCGAUGAGCUCAUAUGCGUGGAUGGCACGGCCGUGGUGGGCAAGUCGCACCAACUGGUGGUGCAGCUGAUGCAGCAGGCGGCCAAGCAGGGCCACGUUAACCUCACAGUGCGACGCAAAACCAACUACACAGUAAAAGCAGAAGGAGACGUGCCCCCGUCGCCCGCAUCGUCCCACCACAGCAGCACCCAGGGACCCAGCCUGACGGAGGAGAUAGGAAAACGAACCCCGCAGGGAAGUCAGAAUUCCCUGAAUACUGUCAGCUCCGGAAGCGGCUCCACCUCUGGUAUCGGCAGCGGCGGCGGAGGAGGAGGGGCGGGCGGCAGCGCUAACGCUGUAGUCGCUGCAGCCGCCGCCACCACCACUUCCUCCCAACCUCCCAACGUAACCUCCAGCAGCUCCGCCACCGCCUUGCAUCCCUACGACGUGGAGAUCCGCCGUGGGGAGAAUGAGGGCUUCGGAUUCGUCAUCGUGUCGUCCGUGUCGCGACCCGAAGCCGGCACCACCUUCGCUGGCAAUGCAUGUGUGGCCAUGCCUCACAAAAUAGGACGCAUCAUUGAGGGGAGCCCUGCGGACCGCUGUGGGAAGCUGAAGGUCGGCGAUCGCAUCCUGGCGGUGAACGGAUGCUCCAUCACUAAUAAAUCCCACUCGGAUAUCGUCAACCUCAUCAAGGAGGCCGGGAAUACUGUCACACUGCGCAUCAUUCCUGGAGACGAGUCGUCGAAUGCGUCUUUGCUGACCAAUGCGGAGAAGAUUGCCACCAUAACAACCACCCACACGCCCCAGCAACAGGCAGCACCUGAGGCCAGAAACAAUACCAAACCAAAACAGGAAUCAUUUGAAUUCAAAGCCCCACAAGCACCUCCCCCACAGCUCCCAACACAAGUCUCAAACCAGGAUUCAGAGUUUUACUCAGCAGACCUGGAGAGAGAUAGCAAAGGAUUCGGCUUCAGUCUGCGGGGAGGCAGGGAAUACAACAUGGACCUUUACGUACUGAGACUAGCGGAGGAUGGAGCAGCCGUCCGCAACGGGAAAAUGAGGGUUGGCGAUGAGAUCUUGGAGAUCAACGGCGAGAGCACCAAGGGCAUGAAGCAUUCCCGAGCCAUCGAGCUCAUUAAAAGCGGAGGCCGACGCGUCCAUCUGAUGCUCAAGAGGGGUGACGGCUCGGUGCCCGAAUAUGACGGCACCCACAUCGACAGCAGCGCAGCCUCAGGGUUACAAAACGCUGCGGAAGUGAGCUCCGUGCCGCCAUUCAAUGAGCCGUCGGAGCAAAGCUACAACCCAGAACCCCAACACUCAUCCCGGAGCAGGAAGCAGACGACCCACCACUCCUCGGGCACCGGCAAGCACCAUUCCCAUCACCGGCACCGCUCCCCUCACAAGAAAACCAGCACAGGAAAAUACAAAAGGACAAAAUCCCCCGGGAAGAUCAAUCUCUUCAAGAAGAAGAAGGAUGAGAAGGGAAAGUACGGUCAUCACCAUUCCAGUGGGCAUCAUCACGGGCGCCGGCGUUCCCCUGACAAGGGGUACAGACGGUCGCACAGUGCAGAAAACGCCCUGGAUGGCCGCCACGGGGGACAUCGUCAUCGUUCCCCUGAACGACACCACCGUCACCACUCUCCCCGUCGCCACCGUUCACCACACCGUUCGCCACAUCGUUCGCCACACCGCUCACCCCGCCGCUCACCUCGACGUUCCCCUCACCGCCACAGGUCACCCCAUCGCUCUCGCCACCAUUCCCCUACCAGACGCCAUGCCCACUCCCUGGAUCCCUACCGCAGAUACGGCUCUCCGCAGGGAGACAGGCGCCGCGGCAACGAGAAGCCAAAUGUGGACGAGGCAGUAUUGAAGGAGUCAUCUCCUGAACCAAGCCUCGCUUUCGAGGACGUCCUCCGUGAGCCGUCCGCCCUGGGCCGCCUCAACAGAGACGUCACACUACCACCCCUGGCCAAGGAGGAGCGCCCGUUCUUGGAGGACAGCCUCCUGACCAGAUCGUCCUCCAUGGAGAGAGCUUACAGAGGGGACAGCCUACUGAAGGACAUUGCGAAUCGCAACCAGAGAGACAACUACCGGAACGCUUCCCUGCCCAGAGUGCGAACCCCUGAGUCCGACUCAGCUUACAGGAGGUACAGCUCGCUGCUGAGGGGGCGUUCGCCGGAGAGAGCGGACAGGGACAGACAUUACGCCAGCAGAGAUUCCACCCCGGAACCGCAGUACAGAACCCGCAGCCUGGGACGAGACAUCUCCCCGAUCAGGAGCCCCAGAAGGGACGACUCGGAGGACGAAGAGGACGACGACAACUUUGUGGCGGCGAAGGUGAGAGAGUACUACAGCACCCUCAAGACCGACGCCAGCCGCUCAGCCAGGCCUUUGCUUCCGGAGCCCAAGAAGACCUACAAGGACAACCCCAAAGAUCUGAGCAUCUGAUUGGAUAGCGGCCGUCCAAUCACAGCCACAAUUCAGCUCAAGUGCUCACAACCCAUGAAGCUGCUUCGGCAGAACGGAACGCGAUUUGAGUCCACAAAUAAGACAACACUUGCACGCCGAUUUGAUAACGUGAUGUAACAAUGUUCGGUUACAACCAAGACAGUGCUUCUGUUUUGGGUUUUUUUUUUGUAUUAUUUUCCUUUUUCCCCUUUUGAUUUGGAUCCCAUUCCACAUUUAGAGUCAUCCGGACUUUUCCAUAAAAUGUAAAAGCAUAAAAAACAAUGAUGUGCCUAACAGUUCCAUUGACAUAUUUUUUUUUUAUUUGAUACUCGGCAGGCGUUUUGUGCUGCGCUGUCAUAUACUGUAAUGAUAAAAUGUCUGUACUUUUCCACAAAGAUUCCAUGGAAGUACCACACACCUGCCUCACUAGGAAGACCUGCCGGGCCUCCCAGUGAUGGUGUGCAUGUCUUUACUGGUCUCUCUCUCUCUCUCUCUCUCUCUUACUGUCUGUCUGUCUCUCUCUCUCUUUCUCUGUCUGUCUAUCUUUCUCCCAGUGCCACUGUUUUAUAGACAUUUACCAGACUAUAGCACAAGCCUGCAUUUGUUUGUAUAUUUUUUGACAGUUUGCAGUAUGUGUACAUUCAGAGGUGAUCAUUUUAAAUGAAGGGGGAAAGUUCAAUUAUGAUGAUGGUGAUGUUAAAAUAAAAAUAAUAUAUUCAACAAAUGAAAAAUUUC